AUGUCCACCUCCAAGAUGACCAUCUUCACUGGCCUUGUUGCCCUUAGCACCUUUGCAGCAGGUAGCGUCGCCGAAUCAUGGUCCAACACCCAGUCCAUCAAGACCCUUGAGCCUCACAACGUUGGAACAGCCACCGCAAAUGGUGCGCUCCUCGUCUCCAUGAACUACUGCAGCAUCGUCAUCAACACCCAGUGCCAACUCUCAGUCAUGACAUCCGCUCCCGCCUCCCCUCCUCCCCAGUCCGCCGCAUCCGUUCUCCCCGUCGAAACCACACUCGAUCCCAUCAAGUCUGUCCCCAUCCCGACUCGCUUCUCUGCGCCAACUUCCGCCGUGGCCCCCAGCACGGAGGCCACCAUGCCGACUGAGACGGGUUCGUCCACGUAUGAAACUGGCGAGAUUACCGAGCCUGUUGCCACUGCGACUGAGACUUCGCCUACGGGUGCUCCCGCCAUGACCACCACGGCGCUUACGGCCGCGGCUGCUGGUAUCAAGGCCUUCCCUGGUGCGGCCUGGGGAGCUGCUAUCCUCGCUGUGGCAGUUUUGCUUUGA